AAAAAAAAAAAAAUGAGUGAAAGAAAAUUUACACGAGCUUUAGGAAAGCCUGGAAUGGCUGCACAACUCCGGGAAACUGUGUCUCAGGUUGUACGAGAGAGUACUAUACAGAAUAAAUUACGUAUAGUCGAUCCAAUAGACUAUGAAAGCUUUAUUCUGAAGAAUAAAACAUUAAUACAUAAUGAUGGGCACAGAGAAAUAUUAUUAUAUCCUCCAGAUGAUGUUUCUCAAGUUGUUCUACCUAGAGAAUAUCGAACCGUGGUUGCUACUGCACCCCAAAUAAGACUGGAAGAAGCAAAUUUACUUUCAAAAGAAUGUAUAAAAAGUUAUUCUUCUGACUGGAAUUUAAUCUACUAUAAAUAUUCAGCUUAUAGCGGAUCAUAUAUUGAUCUUCCUGCUUACAAUGGAGGAAAAUUUGAAGAUGAACUAAAAGAUGAAAUAUAUGAAAUAGAUAUCGAUGUAAAUCAAAUUGAUGAGGAUGUCAUGAAAGGGGCUGGCAUUACAAAGGAAGGUUAUCUUUUAAAAGGUCCAGAAAUUAGUGUUGGCGAUCGCAUUAUGUUUUCCAAUAUUGGAUCAAAGUCAUUUAAAAGACGUUUCUGUCAUUUAAGGCAACAAGUGGAUGGGACAUAUAUUUUAGAAUUUUUCAAAGAUGAAAAGAAGAAUGACGUCAAAAUUGCUAACUUAGAUUUUUGUACAGAGGUUGUACGAAAUCCUAAAAGAGGAAAAUAUUGCUUUGAAUUGAAAAUGAGUGGACCACAUAAAUCAUAUACAUUAGCUGCAGAUAAUGAAAAUGACUUACAUGAAUGGAUAGUAAAACUUAAUACUGUGCUACAACAUUAUAAGCAACAAGAAGAAAAACAUGCAGCUUGGCUUGAGAAAACGUGCGAUACUUUACCACCAUUGUCACAUUUAAAUCAAGGUUUUGGUACUUUGAAGGGCUUAGAGCAGAGUAUGAAUCCACAGUUAAUUAAGUAUUCGCAAGAAACAGAUAUUAGUAUUUCAUCUGCUCGAAAGAAAAAUAGAAGGCUUCUUUUUCAAAUGCAUCUUACACAGCAGAGUAAUAAAAUUUCAACAAAUCAUGAAAGUAAUGAGCCAUAUAAAGAACAAUUCAACCAAAGAAUCUUUGUCAAAUGUGAGAACAUCAAGUUCAGACUGCAGGCAUUAAUAGAUGAACAGGAAUCUUUAUGCCAAGUUGAGCCAUAUUUCACAACUUUAAGUAUUUUUGAUGCAAGAAAUAAUCGAAAAUUAAGUGAAAAUUUUUAUUUUGAUAUUAAUCAUGAGUCUGUACGAAAAUUAAUUAAAGAUGAAAAUCAUAUAGGAAUUUCAUCAGAAAAUAGUUUAGAACUGCAAGAUGAUUUAAAAACUAUUUCAACCGCUUGGUUUAGUAGCGUAAGACAAGCGAUAUUCAGUAUAAGUAACCCGCAUCCAGAUAUAUUUCUCGUAAUAAGGAUUGAUAAAAUUUUGCAAGGAAGUAUUUAUCAAACUUGUGAGCCAUAUAUUCGCGCUGCAAAAGAUCCUCGUUUGGGUACGAAAGUACAUAAACAAGUUCAAGCUUAUUGCCAAAGAUUAGGGAAUUAUAGAAUGCCCUUUGCAUGGUCAGCUAGACCAUUAUUUAGAUUAUAUAGUAAUGAAUUGGAUACCUCAUCAAAUUUUCCAGCUAUUUAUAGACAAGAGGGAAAUAAAAUAAAAGAUGAAGAAUUAUUAAAAUUACUUUUGGAAUACAGAAAACCUGAUAAAUUAAAUAAAUUAACAGUAAUACCUGGAUGGAUACAAAUUAAAAUUGAAGCUAUUACAGAAAUUCCUCAAAAUUGUUUGACAACAUCACUUGAAACUUUAAAACCUUUCUGUACUUUACCAAUGUCCGAUAUAACAUUAGAAAUAGCAGAAUUCGAAAGUUCAUCUGUUAAAGAUGUUCAACCAUAUACAACUUAUAUCAACCAUCUUUAUGUAUAUCCACAAAGUCUUUCAUUUGAUACACAAAAAAUAUUUAGCAGAGCAAGAAAUAUUGCAUGCAUUAUUGAAAUGAGAGAUAAUGACAAUGACAAAACACAAUCAUUAAGAUGUAUUUAUGGUCGACCUGGAUCUGCUUUAUUGGUUUCAAGAAUUUCAUGCCCAGUUUUACACCAUAAUGCAACUCCAUCUUGGUACGAAGAAAUAAAAAUUAGAUUACCGUUAAAACUUCAUCAGAAGCACCAUCUUCUUUUUUCAUUUUAUCAUAUAAGUUGUGAUAUAAAUAAAAAAAAGGAUAGUUUAGUUGAAAAUUGUCUUGGUUAUGCUUGGUUGCCACUAUUAACUAAGGGGCGACUUGUAUUUAUUGAAGAAAAUGCACAAAUCUUGCCAGUAGCAACACAUUUACCCGAUGGAUAUUUAUCAAUUCAGCCACUUGGUCUUGGAAGAGGUAAUGCCGGACCUGAAAUAUUAUGGAUUGACUCUCAAAAACCAAUAUUUACAGUUUCUGUUCAAAUAAAUUCAACAGUUUUUACUAGAGACGUACAUUUACACAAUUUAUUUACUCAUGCUGAAAAAAUAAUAGAGCCAAUGCCAGUUUCAGUACCUUCCGAUUCAGAAACUUGCAAAAUAUUGAAAGCAGCACAUGCUAUGCAAUUAGUAACUAUUGUCACGUUUUUACCUACAAUAUUAAACCAAUUAUUUACAUUAUUAACAUGCAAUGUAAGUGACGAAGUAGGUCAAUACACUGUUAGAUUAUUAAUUCAUAUUAUUAAUGUGAUAUGUGAAGCUAGACGUCAAGAUAUUUUAUUUGCCUAUAUUAAAUUUAUUUUUAUACCACCGAUAAAUAAACAUAAUAAUAUUCUAACAGUUCAUGAACAACUCGCUAAAUAUUUACCACUUCUAUUAUUACCAAGUAAUACAGAUACAUUGUUGCUGAAUAAAUUUAUGCAUCAGUCUGAAUUACUUUUUGACAUUAUGAUUAAAAGCAUGGCUCAACAUCUUCUCACCACUGGCAGAAUAAAGAUGCAUCGCUAUGAAAGAUUUCCGAAGGAAUAUCAGGAACAAGUUGAAAUUUUUGUACAAUUAAUAAUACCUCAAUUAAUGAACAAGUAUAAAGAUUUGCCACUUGAAACACAUGCAUUGAAUAGAAGUCUUGCCCGAUUUUUAAAACGAUGUCUUACAUUCAUGGAUCGAGGCCUCGUUUUUAGAUUAAUCAAUUCGUACAUAGAUAAAUUUGCUUCUGGAACUUCACGUACAUUGCAGGAUUUGAAAUAUAAUUUUCUUCAAAUUAUAUGUUCUCAUGAACAUUACAUUUCAUUCAAUUUACCAUUGAUGCAAACUUGGAUCACAUCGAAAGAAGAAACUGACAGUAAACCUGAUAACGAUGAUACAUUGCGCAGUGAAUAUUACCUAACGGAAAACUUUUGCAAGUAUCAUUUUCUGGUAGGACUUUUACUUCAGCAAGUUAAAUUGUCAUUGAAUGAAAUUGCCCUAAUAAGAAAAAUGGCAAUUACCACUUUGAGAGAUUUAUUGGCCAAACAUGAGUUGGAUGAUAGAUAUCGAGAUAAAGGACGAAUGAGUAGGAUAGCUUCUUUGUAUAUACCUUGGUUGGAUAUUAUAUUAGAAAAUAUUGAUCGUUUUGAGUCUGUAAAUAAUAUAGUCAAAAAUGAAAUUCAACGAAAUAUCGAAAACAAAACCUGUAUCCAUAAUCGCACUUCCACUUGUUUUAUACGACAAAAUACAAACUAUACAUUAACUUCUGCCUCAAGCACAAUUAAUAAUAUCUCUACUGGAACAAGCACUCCUAUAAAAACAUCUAACAGAUGCUUACCACAUAUUGAGUCUCAACAAUCACCAAUAAGAAGCUCUGUAAGCAUAAGAGAUUCGACAUAUUUGGCUGCUAUUGCCGGCCAUAAUAUGGUUAAUGGCUUCUCUUGUACGAGUAUUGAAUCAGACUUAUCAACAAUUUCUAGUGCCACUCAAUCCAAUCUUUCUCAAGAAACCGCUAUUUUAAAUUGUGAAUAUGUAGACAUUAAUAAUGACAUGAGGGAACAAAAAGGACAUUCCCGCUCAGUUAGUGUUUCACAUACUACGGUUUCCACACCUCGAUGUGAUAAAUUUCAGUCUUCGGAAGUACAGGAUUUAUUACUUUGUUUUUUAUUUGUGAUCAAAUAUGUAGAUGAUAAUCAAACAACAACUUGGUGGCAACAAUGCAAUGAAAUUGAGAUUCAGAAGUUUUUGUCAGUGAUUGAAUUGUGCUUACAUCAUUUUAAAUAUCUUGGCAAGAGACAAUCAUCGACAAACACUGGACAAGAUACUGAUAAACCAAAGGCUGUAAAAUCUAUGACAUUACCAGCUAGGAUGGCUCCUCCUGAUUUUUCUAACGAUUCAUCUCCUACGACUGGUACACUGCAACCUCAAAACACAACAGUCAUUAGAGAAAAUUUGCUAGAAAACGAUUUCGAAAAGUUGCACAGUACGAAGCAAGGAAAUUUAGCAGCAGAAGUUGGCCUUGUUGUGCUUGACUGUUUGGGAUUGUUUUGUUUUCAUUUUAAGGAUUUACUACUAGAGGCAGAUGAUAGUAACCCAAUUGUACAGCAAGUAGUUACAGUUUAUUUAACAUUUCUCCAAAUUAGUCAAUCAGAGGGUCUAUUUCGUCAUGUAUUUGCUAGUUUAAGAGCUUUAUUAAAUAAUUAUUCUGCAAUACUAUUUCAAGGUAAUGCUGUAUUGUGCGGAAGGUUAUGCUAUGAAUUAUUAAGAUGUUGUAAUAGUAAACUAAGUUCUAUAAGACAAGAAUCAUGCGCUCUACUUUAUUUACUUAUGCGUAGCAAUUUUGAAUUUACAAGUAGAAAAGGAUUGACAAGAGUUCACCUUCAAGUGAUAAUUUCAGUUUCGCAAAUGUUGGGCAACGUUAUUAGCUUAAAUAAUUCUAGGUUUCAAGAAUCUUUAUCAUUAAUAAAUAGUUACGCCUGCUCAGAUAAAGUUAUGCAAGGAACGAAUUUUCCAUUAGAAGUUCAAGAUUUAAAUAAACGAAUUAGAACUGUAUUGAUGGCAACAGCACAAAUGAGAGAACAUAAAAAUGAUCCUGAAAUGCUGCUUGAUCUUGAACAUAGCUUAGCAAAUUCUUACGCUAGUACACCCGAGUUGAGGCAUACCUGGUUAGAAACCAUGGCUCGAAAUCAUGCCAGAGAUGGAAACUAUUCUGAAGCUGCUUGCUGUCAAUUACAUAUUUCGGCAUUAAUGGCAGAAUAUUUAAAAUUAAAUAAUUUAAAUUACUGGGGCGCAGAAGCAUUUGAUAAAAUAUCAAAAAAUAUAUCAAGAGAUGAGAAAGGCCUUAAGCUUGAUGCUGGUGUUCAAGAUAUUCAUUAUAAUGAUCAUAUGUUACUAGAACAAUUAGAAACGUGUGCCGAGAUGUUAGAUAAAGCCGAGAGAUUUGAAUUACUUGGUCAUCUAUAUCGUUUAAUUAUACCAAUGUAUGAGAAAAAGAGAAAUUAUCAAGCUUUAGCAAAUUGUUAUGCACAUUUGACACAGGCUUGUAACAAAGUAGUACAAGUAAAUAAAAGUGGAAAAAGAUUACUUGGACGAUUUUAUAAAGUAGCCUUCUUUGGUUCGUUUUAUUUUGAACAAGAAAAUGGUAUGGAAUAUAUUUACAAAGAACCGAAAGUAACUUCUCUUUCAGAAAUUUCAGAACGCUUAUAUAAUCUUUAUUCAGAAAAAUUUGGAACUGAAAAUGUAAAAAUAAUAAUGGAUUCAAGCGUUGAUCACAUCUCUGAAUUAGAUCCUAAAAUAGCUUACAUACAAGUAACUUAUGUAACACCAUAUUUUGAUGAAAUUGAACUUGAAUCUCGAAUAACAGAGUUUGAAAGAAAUCAUGACAUAUCUACUUUUAUGUUUGAAACUCCCUUUACGCAAGAAGGUAGUAAAUCAAAAGGAGAUCCUCAAGACCAAUGGAAGCGUAGAACUAUUCUUACUACACAAUGCUCCUUUCCAUAUGUAAAGAAACGUAUUCAAGUAGUUGAAAAAAAAAUUAUAGAGUUAAAUCCAAUUCAAGUUGCAUUAGAUGAAAUGAGACAAAGAGUAAAAGAAUUGCAAGAAGUUGCAUUAACUAGUGGACCAGCUGAUGCUAAAAAGCUUCAACUCAAACUUCAAGGGAGUGUUUGUGUUACAGUAAAUGCUGGUCCACUAGCAUAUGCUAGCGCAUUUUUAAAUCCAAAUCAACCUUCUGGAUAUGCCGAUGAUUUAGUUCUAGAAUUAAAAGAUGUUUUUAGAGAGUUUGUAAAAAUUUGUUAUACAGCACUUCAAAUUAAUAGCAAAUUGAUAACUUGUGAUCAGUUUGAAUAUCAAGAAGCAUUGCGAGAAAAUUAUCAAAAGUUUUGUCAAAAUUUAUCGACUCUUUUAGGAGAAUCAGUGUGGCCAGAUGAGCACAUUACAAGUUUCAAACGUAACAGUGCUGCACUCUUUAAUGCUAUUAGUGGCACAACAAAUAGUCACUCUAGCACUGCCUAAUAUAAAAUAUCAAGACUGCUAUUGAAUAAUUUUAUACUUUUUAACAUGAAGACAACAGAAAAUAAGAGUUAUUUUUAAUUGUGAAAGAAUAUUUCAAAUUAUUUGAC